AUUUUUCAUCCUCACCAGCUAGAUCCAUCUUCCUCCUCACCUCCAUCGUCAUCCUCUUCAUCCAUUAACUUGUUCCUCUUUUUUUUUUUUUUUUCUCUCUCCUCCAUCAUCCUCCAACAGAACCUAUGGGUUCUUAUGGAGAACCCACGGGGUUCUUCAAGAGAACCUAGAUCUGGGUUCUUCAAGAGAACCUAGAUCUGGGUUCUCUUGAAAAAGAAACCCAUGGGGAAGAAGAAAAAGAAAGGAGGAGGAGGGAAAACAAGGUUGAAAAUCAAAGAACGCUCCUCACCUGCAUCCUCAUUCUCUUCAUCCAUUAUUUUCUUCCUCUAUCUUUCUUCCUCUUAUUUUUUUUUUCUCUCUCUCUCUCUCCUCCAUCAUCCUUCUCCAAGAGAACUUGUGGGUUUUUAUGGAGAACCUAGAUCUGGGUUCUUUGAGAGGAUCCACGGGGUUCUCUCGGAGAACCUAGAUUUGGGAGAAGGAAAAAGAGGGGAUGAGAGGGAAAGAAGAAGAAAAAGAAAGGAGGAGGAGGGAAAAGAAGGUUGAAAAUCAAAGAACCAAGAUGAAAUUGACGGAGCUAUGCACAGAUGGUCUCAUAGUUGAGAAAAAGAGAAAUGAAAGAAGGAACCCACCCACAACAAAAUUGCACACCGUCUGUGGCUAUAGUUAUAACAAGGUGAUGGUUGUUGAAGUGGAGGUGGAGAUGGAGAUUGGAGGUGAUGGUGGCGGCCACGGAUUUGCUUUGGUGAUGACAACUGAUGGAGGUAGAGGCUGUGAUGAUGGUUACUACAAGAAGAUGGUCAACAUUCCAAGGGGCGAUUUCUAUUGGAUAAGUGGGGAAUAAGGCUAUUAGGAAGACUAUCUAAUUUUACUAUUUAAAUCGACCAUAUGUGUGGAAAUGGGUGUUGGUUCACAGUGUGUGCAUAUUAGCGUUCUUGUUUUAUGCCAAAAUUUUUUUAAGAAUAAUCACUACAAAAACAAAAGCACUUUAUAGACCUAUUUUCUUUUAUUUUAAAUAAAUUCUUUGAGAUUGG